AUGACAGAGCAACGUCGUUUCCAAGCAUCGUCGUUGAAGCAUGCAGCCAGUACACCUUCGGACUUGACGGUCAGCCCUGACACGCCGUCUAACAUGGCUGCUUUUGCCUCCUACAGACCUAUGCCAAUGGGCAACAAUAACAUCUAUGUAGACUCGCCAGAUGGCUAUCUCCCGCCUUCGUUUCAGCCGCCACACAAUAUGCUCACCAUGAUGGGCCCUCCGGCUGGAUCAAGAACCGCCGCCCAUGAGAACCAGCCCGUUCAGCCGUAUAACUUCCAACCCAAUGGAGAAAUUGGCUAUUCACCACAGUUCACAUGGUAUCCUCAAAACGGGGAUUUUGAUCCAUAUUUUGCCGGGCGACCACCCGGCACGUUCGCCCCUCUGCCUCCAGCUGGUCCUGGAGUCUUGCCUAGCAAUGAUACCCAAAACCAACAACAAACAGCUCAAAAGAAGCUACUUCCAAAAGGUCUCCCGGCAACAGACCAACCAUCCCUCCCCACACCCGGUUCUUCCGUGUCUUCACCAUCGGCUGCCUCCCCUUCUCGGGAAAAGUCUUUGGAAAACCGCGCCCCGAAGUUUCAAAAAAUCGCCACCAGCACCCACGCAGAGAAUGGAGACGCACUAUACUUUCACUGGCCCGAAAUAUGCCUUGAUCAUCAAGCCUCUGUGCGAUCUGAUCAGGGCCAGACCCGUGCGGGGGGCCACAACGUUCGUGAAUUGAGAUGGGGUUCGGACACAUCGUUUGAUGCAAACAAAUUUGUGCCUCCAGUAAACCAACAGAGCCAUACCGUUGCCACGGACAAAUGGAUGGGCUGGAUUCCAAGCAUUGCUGCUCGACAGAUAGUGCCAGGCCUGUCUCGUCCUGGGGAUCAAGAUUCCGACGAAUCUGAUGACCCAGAAAACGACUUUGAUGAUCGACAGCAGACAAAUGAAGUGGAAGAAGAAACCCGUGGAGGUGGCCUCCACAGAAAACCUAGCCUUCUGCCCCUGGGUCGAGACUUACAGUCUACCGAAAAGCUUCGUCGGCGCGCCGAACGGAGAAAACAAGUCCACAAUACUUCGGAACGAAAGCGGCGCGAGCAACUAAACAAAGGCUUUCUGGACUUGUGUGAGAUCGUGCCGGGGCUUGACAUCAGCACACAUACGCGGAAGGAGAUACUUUUUCGCACUGCAGACUGGCUGGAGAAAUUCCUCCAGGACAACUCUUGUCUAAAAGACCAGCUAGACCGGCUAAAAAAUGCAGUCUAG